GACCAUUCUCGGAUGCCCCGUCGGACCGUGGUGGGUGCGUUAGGCCUAGCGCAGCAGCGUUUGUGUGUAGGCCGGCGGCGAUGCGGCCUCGACGACGAUUCCGCCGCCGGGGCUGGGCCUAGGCUUCAACGGGAACCCAUGCGCAGCCCGGGCCGGGCCGCCAGCGCUCGGCCAUGGCCCGCUCGGGAUCGCGCGAGCUCAUCUCGCUGGGACAGCCGCGGCCGGGCGUCGCCCGGCGCCAGAACGAGUACAUCGAGACCCCGCUGAGGAGCAAGGAUGCGGCGGCGGCGGCGGUGGUGGCGCAGCAGCCGGCCGCCAAAAAGGUGGCUGCUGCCGGCCACGAGGACUCCAUCAUCUGCGGCCGCUGCGGACGAUGCCGCUGCGACGCGUGCCAGGGCCCGCGGCCACUGCCCUCUCGCUGGGUGUGCGGCGAUAAGGUGCACUGCUCGGCCGGGGCGCUGGUCGACUACUGCUCGUGCGUGUGUUGCGCCAAGGGCCUCUUCUACCACUGGGCCAAGGACUACGACCUGGACACGGACGUGUCGUGUGCCGACCAGCCCUGCUCGUGCGCCCCGCACCGGCGCUGCGCGCGAUGGGCCUGUCUCGGCCUCCUCAGUCUGCUGCUGCCCUGCCUCUGCCUGUACUGGCCUCUGCGCGGGUGCGUCAAGCUCUGCGAACUGGGCUACGCGGCCUGCGCGCGCUCGGGCUGCCGCUGCGAGCGACAACACGCCGAGGAGGCCGCCGGUUCCCGGACGCUGCUUCAGCCGCAGGAAUUAUUACGCCGUUAGGCCUCGCGGGCGAGGCGGCGUUGUGCGUGUGUGUGUGUGCUGCUGGCUGUCGUUGCGUCGACGUCGUGCCCCGCUGGAACGAGCGUGAGUGUUGGCGAAAUCUCGCCCAGAUAAGGCGCCCAAUCAGUCCCCCGCCAGUGCUAACAGAAAAUACCCCGUCGGCGCCACCGCAUCGACUGCCUGCAGGCAGAGCGAGCAGACGACGAUGCUGCUGCUCUCGUCUGCUGCGUGCCGAGGAACCCUCAAACCUUGUGUCCAUUUUGUACAGUAGGAACUCCCUUCCCUUCGUAGAAAAGUUUAUGCGUGCAAGAGUUUCGCCAAUUUCGCCUCUCAUCAUCUAGUUCUUUCGAUUAUUUUUUUUCUACCCCCCAUGUUCAUCCCUCUUGCGCGGCGAAGCGAGACGAUCUGUGUCUCUUUUAACUCUGUGUGUGUCUGUUACGGGUAAAAUUUCGGAGCACCUCCGUUUAUCUUCCUAAAUGCAUCAGGCAGCUUUACUAUAUAAGGUGUUUUUGUUUUUUUACGACCACGGCCAGAAAGGCGUCCGAGUGCGGUUUACAGUUCGCCACUCCGCUCGUCGAUCCGAUGCAUUUAAACCCACUCACAGGGCUCCAUGUCGGGCAUAACUGUCGUUUCGUGAGCCGGUAAAACGAUGCAUUUAACCGAGGCGGGGCGCGGAAUUCAGCUCCGUUCGACCCACACACCGGGCGCUGACGGCCGCCAUGUUUCCAGAUCGGUUAGCGCCACAGCCGCCUUUUUCCCGCCCUACAGCAGCCGUCGUGGUGCCACCACCUGCGAGAGAACCGCGGGCGUGUGUGAUCCUAAACCUCGUCUUCCUAUCCGUACGCGAUGAGCUUCGUCGUGGACGUCAACUCUUAACCGAGUUGUGCUUCCUGUAAAAUUCGCGGCCUGCGCACACUUUUCGGGCUUCCCCUCUACCAAAAAGAAGAAAGAAAGAAAAAAAACUCGUCGCACUGUCGCGAGUGCCGACAGGAGAUCAUCGCAGUCAAGUCGCCAGUUCUGACCCCCGAAAUGAAACUGGCGUGCCCUUUUGAUGGCAUUUUCUCGUCUAUCCGCGAGGCCCCCUACGCACACAGGGGUUGGGCUGUGACGUGGCGGGUCACGGAGUAGGCGGCCCCCGUUCGUUCGUUGUCGCGAGCGCACCACAACUCCGCGCUGACAGUUUUUAUUGCUCGCCGUCGCCGCGCUGCUUUCCUACCCCCCCCCCCCCCACCCACCCACACUGUUUCCUUCCCCCCUUUUUUUCUUUAUUGUGAGCGAUAAUGACGGAAACCUGUUCCCUUGUACAAAUGUAUUUAACAAAGCUUGUUUUACAUUUUUAUUUUUGCAGUUACGUUUUGUCUAAUUUACACAGUAGACGGCAGCAGUCAACGAGUCCCCGUUGUUUUUUUUUUUCUUUUUUUUUCUCAGGUGUACGUACGAUGUUGUUACGACUGUGUGUGUGUUGUUCGAAAUAGAUGAUUCCCGUUUGGCACGCCCCUUAGGUGACGCAUUGGCGUCGGGCCUGCAUUUUUCAAACGUGUCAAACUGUGUAUGUAGGAGCCAGGGCUGUGCAAUCACUCUGGUCCUCCGCACCAAAACUGGGGAGUCCAGCGAGCGUUUCAAUCCAAAGGCAGAAGGGAUUGCGUCGCCUUCGUGGCAUGUUGGUUGGUUGCUCAAAAAGGCGGUGAAACGAUGAUGCUGAUUAAAUUCAAAAGUUCUUGCAUGCAUUCGUGUUCUUGAGACUUCAUGGCGAGCCAAGCAGCCUCUUCUGGUCGAAUGGCUACGUGUUCUAGAUUGCAGCUUCUCCUGAACCAGGCGACGUUCUAUUUUUUGAACAGGCGCGAUGUGCCCUCUUCGUUCUCUCCCGGUCGAUAAACCAGCGCCGGCAGCCAUCUUGGGGUGACAAAAACAGCGCUUGUGCAUUAACUCCGCCGCAAGACGUCCCAGUCGCUACCCAUUAGCGAGUGCAUUUGCCAUCUCGUCUUGCCGCAUCGUAGAACCAUUUCGUGGUUAUUCAUGUAGCAGUAUCUGCUGUAAUCAUGUGACUGUCCUUUAGACACCACGCAGUAGCACCCGGCUAUAGUUGAAGACCUCCUGUAACCCAAGAUGUGCACCAAACUGUGCUGCUUUUUUUUUUUUUGCAAUGUGAUUGUUCGCUAACGUUCUGUCUGAUAGCCUUCAGGACGGGCCCCGUACCGAUCAAAACUCUAGCCAAACUCACAUUGCAUGCGAGCAGCCCAUUCGUUUUCAUCGCAAUCUUUGAAAUGGGCCAUUCAGAUCCAAACUCAUAUGCACACUGUUUAAAUUCCCACGGCGCUGAACUUGUGGGUUGCUGUAAUAAGGGUCUCUGAACGACUACCCGUCCGUGUUCAUCACGAUGGGUGUGUCAUAUGGCAUUUCAAAACAUUCUAUGAUUCUGGUCGCCAGCUUCUGGUGUUUGAGGACCCAUCCGCUUUAAUCGCUAUGUUAAAUGCUUUUAAAUGAGCUAUUCAGAUCAAAACUUCUCUCGUAGGCCUACUGCUUACCGUAGUUACUCCCUUACGGGCUGUAUAAAUGAGCUUUUUCGUGACCAGCCUUCUCUCUCUGCUCGUCCGUGUUCAUCGCGAUGAAUAUGUCAUUUGAAAGUCAACCGAUAGGGGCCGGCAACUUGUGGGUACUGCCCCCACGAACGACGCAACUAAAACCACCAUUGCCGCCGUCGCCUGCUGGUUCGCUCGUCGUGUCCUUGCUCGGCCGUAUUCGGUUGCACGUUCGAAGAGUCUCCAUUGUCUUUGCACAGCCCUGGCGUAUCGGAGAUCGUUGUGGACCCGCUCGUCGCUGGAAAGCGAGAAGUUCACUGUCCGCAACCCUACGCACGCUUCGAGCCCUCGCUGCCGAGUGGGGUUGGGUGUCAGCCGGGGUGGGAGUCGACGAGCUUCCAUGCCUAGCUGCGAGGCUAGUCCCGACGACCGGCGCAAAGGAGCGUGGGCUGCUGAUGCGCCGCGUCGCCGCCGACCGUCGCUCCCAGUUGCCGCGAGCCCUUCCAGGAACACCGAGUCAGUCUUGGCUGGUAGAACGUCUUCUGCAAAUUAAAGGUGGUGACAGGGAGCGAAAGUCAAUACCGUAUAGUUACACGGGCACGCUAAACCUCACGCAAUCUCGGUUCCAUCGAACCGUUGUUGUAACCGUUGUUUGUUGCAGUCAGACGCACAGCCGAACUGCAGUCGUCCCACUAGCUUUGUUUGCUCCAAACUGAGGAUGAUCGCAUCAGUUUUGUAUGUAAAAAACAAAGAGCUUGACAAAUGGCGGAGCCAAUUUCGGUGGUCGAAGGAACGUGGUUCCGAUGGAGGCUGAAAAGUCUGUAUGCUAGUUUACUCAUAGUAUGCAGCUACAUGUUUACAUUUUUUAUUCGCGGAACAGAUUAAAGUGAUACGCACGUCACCAAUGAAAGCCUUUCCCACGUAACAGGUUGCCAACUACUGGUGGUGGUCACCACAUUUUACUCCUUAACUGAGCUUCGUCUCAACCGAGGCUAUAGCGUGCCCGUGUAACUAUAUAGGGUCCUUCAUUUGCCACAGCUUGUACUCGUUCGCACCACGGGAAGGUCAGAGGCAAGGGGUUUCAGCCCCACUAUGUUCACCAGACAGUGUAGCGAAUCCGUGAUCAUGAACUCAAGAAUAUCUUUACUUAUAUAAGAGGCCGAUCACUGGCGCUUCUGCUGAAGGAAAACAGGAGAGUGAGCCUUGCGGUUACGGCCAAUCUUGCUCGGCUAGUUAAAUUUGAAGGUGUAAGAGAAGCGUUUAUUUAAAGGCAUAAGAAAAGAACGGACAUGAGAGACGAUUGAGCGCAUGGUUUAGAUCUUUUUUUGUUGUUGUUAAUGUUACUGACGUCUCGGUGCUUUCGGGUAUUUGGACCCGUCUAACACACGCAUGUAUCUAAACCGUCACUCAGAAAACUACCGGUCUAGUCUUGCUGCGGUAUUCCUUUUCAGUGUGUCCCUUUGAUAACAAAAGAAAGUGCGUUAGGCUUGUUGAUGGCA